AUGAUAAGAUCACUUGGAAAAAUUGUACCAGAAACUUCUGCUUUAUUUAUUUGUGAUAUUCAAAGUAAAUUUGCAAAUCAUAUAUUUAAAUUUAAUGGUGUUGUUAAUCAAUCAAAAUAUAUGAUGAGAGUAUGUAAUGAAUUAAAAGUACCAAUUAUAUUUACAGAACAAUAUCCAAAAGGUUUAGGACAUACAUUUGAAGAUUUAUUAAAAGAAAGAAAUGAAAAUAAUCAAACUAAAAUAUUUGAAAAAACACUUUAUUCAAUGUGUACCAAUGAAGUAUUGAAUCAUUUAAAACAAAACCAUAAAGAUUUAAAAUCAAUUUUAAUUACUGGGAUUGAAACACAUGUUUGUGUUUUACAAUCAACAUUAGAUUUCUUAGAGAAUGGAUAUGAUGUUCAUAUUCUCUCUGAUGCUGUUUCUUCAAAUAAUAAUAAUGAUCGUUUAAUUGCAUUAGAAAGAAUGAGACAAUCUGGUGCUUUCAUUACUACUACUGAGAGUAUUAUUUUUCAAUUAACUAGAGAUGCAACACAUAAAAGUUUUAAAAGUAUUGUUCCAAUAACAAAACAAAGAAGAGAUGAUUUAGUAGCAGAUCCAUCACUCUCUCUUUCAAAAAUGUAA